AUGUCAGCGCCUAUGUUUGGUCGUGUUUCUUCAAGAAUUUUCUAUAAUUCUCCUAUUUUAUACAAAAAUCAUCUCUUUGGGAGGAUCAAACACACAGAACAAAUUGUAAACUGUUAUAAUACAUGCAAUGAUGGCAAAGUUGAGUUCAUUGAACACUCUGAGUCGAACAAUGUUGAAGUUGAAAAAAAAUCUGAAAAUUUCAAAUCAGAUGUGAAAAAGAAUAAUAAAGCAAGCAAGAGAGGACGACGCAAGAAAUCAAUCGUAGCUCUAACUGAGAAGUAUAAUCUAAAAGAAAAUUCAGAAGAGUCUGAAAAGGUAGUUUUCGCACCAUUUGGUGUCAUUCGUAUGGAUUCGAAUAAUAAACCAAAAACUAAACGUCAUGAUGAAACAAAACAUGAACAUUUGUCUGGCUAUAUAGAUCAGACGUCUUCCAAGGAUUUUUAUGGUAUUCAAAACUACGAGAAAGAUGUCUUGCGCAAUGACUUUUGGAACACUCGUGAACUGACUGAGUUUGAAGAACAUGCCAGUCAGUCUAAAUCACCCAAUCAAUUGAUUGGGUCUAAGGCAGAAAUAACAACUGGUUCAAAAGGAAGCCAGGGUGAAACAACAAGGCUAUCGCAAACCAGUGAAAUACCUAGUCAAAGGACACAUGAUAAUAAUGCGAUUAAACCGAGUACUAUUGAUCAAUCAAAGGAUGAUCAUGCAUUGAACUAUUUUGAUGUAAAUACUGAUCCAAAUUCUAAAGCUAAAGAAAUGCCCACAAUGAGCGCUGUUGACAAAGAACAGUCUAACUAUUUUGAUCAGUUACUGAUCCCUGAAGGGUUGGAACAAUCGGAAAAAUUAACUCCUGAUCAUAAAAUUCAAACUCCAAAAGCUGAAAACUGUGCAGGUGAGAAAGAACAAGGCAAUUUAAAUUAUUUUGAUGAGCUUUUACUGCCAGAUAAAAAUGUAUUAAAUGAGGGGAAUGCAUAUGACCUUGAAACUAUGAAGCAUGAAUACAUACGGAAUGAUGGACUAAAUGUUGUCAAAGAAAGAGAGAAUGCAGUACAUGAGAAAGAUAACAAUAAACAGGAAUCACUUGAUAAAACAGAUGUUGGUUCAGCUAUGAAAACUAAGAAUAAGUCAUUAAAAACAAAACAAAAUGACCGUCGUAGUGAUGUCGCAACACAAGUUGAAUCUGGCGAAGAAAACAUUUUUAUUGAUAACUCCAUUGAGGUGAAGCCCAAAAACCAAGAACAGGUGAUACAACAUGAUCAAAAAUCCAACGCUUUUGAAGAAGCUUUGAAAAUACGAAGGGAGUUGAAGAAUCAGCGUAGCAUUGAGGCAAAGAGACUAAAAGAAGAAGUCGAGAAUGAAAUUGGAACAAGAGAAGGGCCUAAGGCUAAAUUCUCUGGGCCUGUAGACAGCAAAGGUUUCAGAUUACUGACUAACCAAGUGGUUGACUUCAGUAAUACACCAUCAGCAAUGAUCGCUGCCUUGCUACAUAAAAACAUACUGUAUCAAGAUGAUAAUUUACUUGUGAUCGACAAGCCAUAUGGAUUAUCCUGUAAAGGUAAUAGCCAAGGUCCAAAUGUGGAAAAGGCGCUUCCUGAGCUGUCCCGUUUAUGCCAUAUGAAAUCAAGCAAAUCAUCUCUGCAAAUAGUCCAUUCCCAGGAUACAACUGUUACUGGAAUAAUUAUAUUAACAAAGAAUCAUGAAGCAUUGACCUACUUGAAGGGGUUAAAGCAAAGUGGAGAAAUUGUGCGCAAGUAUUGGCUGCUGACAAAGGGUAUACCAUCACCCUUAGAAGGUGUUAUUGAUAUCCCUAUGAAAAAAGUAGAAAUAGAUGGAGCUUAUAGGAUGGCACUUCAGCCUGAACGAACAGAGCAGACGAUUCCAUUGGUCAAAAGAAGUCGGAAUGAGAUCCAUCGUGCCGUGACAAGAUACGCAGUUUUAGAUAGCAACAAAGAAUCUGCAUUAGUGGAGUGCCAGCCAGUAACAGAUGUUCUCCACCAAAUAAGAUGUCACAUGGCGUUUGGUUUGAACACACCCAUAUUAGGUGACCAUAGGUACUCGCAUAUAUCAAGAAUAGCCCCUCAGCGUCUUUAUGGAGAAACAUUACAAAGUCUCGGAAUACGUCAAGCAAAGGUCCGCCAUCUUGCUUUACAUCUACAUGCCACAUCUGUCGUCUUGCCGCACUUUCUGGGAGGAAAAAACAUUUUCAUCAAAUGUCUCCUACCAAAACAUUUUGCAACUAAUAUGAAACGAUUGAAGAUAUCUCCAAAUAAGAAAUCGUAGAAAUAUAUUACACCCGAAUCUAUGCUCUGAAGAUCAAUAUUCAAUGCAGUCUUCUCCACAGGAUUUUUUCUCAAG